CUCUCUCUCAACGGCUCUGGGCGAGUCCAAAUUCAUGCACAUGCGCAGUAGUCGCAUCCCAGGCUGCUAUUCGUGCUCCCACCUGUAGAGUGUUGGGAGUCAAAACAAAAAACAAAAAACUCCCGGAAAGUCGCCUUGACUUUUUUAAUAGCAAGCUAACCAGCUUAAAACACUCAACUGUCGAUAACGUUAUCGAAUCAGUCUCCUUCUUCUACAGGGAAAACAAACGCACUUUAAGUUCGCGGGACAUUUUCCAUCAUGGAGAAUCCAAAGUUCCGCUCGUUCUUCGACUUGUUUUGGUCCGUUUUCGUGGCAUAGCCUCGGGAAGCUAACGGCUACCAGUUAGCAUAGCAUUGGUCUCACCACCACAACAAACAACAACUAAACAAAAAGCCUCGGCUGAGGAGCCUCGUCGGACGGCGGACGUUUCUCACUCCUCUCCCCAGGUGUCUUUGACAGCAACACCUUCAAAAUGUCAAUCCUGGGAUUGAAGAAGAAACAGCCCAAGACGUUCAAAGUCAAAGUGAUCACCAUGGACGCUGAAAUGGAGUUCAGCUGUGAGGUGAAGUGGAAAGGCAAAGACUUGUUUGACCUGGUGUGUCGCACUGUUGGUUUGAGGGAGACCUGGUUCUUUGGACUCAGGUACAUAGUCAAGGACACUUACGCCUGGCUGAAACCAGACAAACGGGUCUUGGACCAGGAGGUUCCCAAGGACUCUCCUAUAACGUUUCAUUUCUUAGCCAAAUUCUUCCCAGAAAAAGUAGAAGAGGAACUGGUCCAAGAAAUUACACAGCACCUCUUCUUCUUACAGGUAAAAAAACAGAUAUUAGAUGAAGAGAUAUUCUGUUCCCCUGAAGCAUCAGUCCUGCUGGCAUCAUACGCUGUCCAAGCCAAGUAUGGUGACUAUGACCCAAACUUUCACAAGCCGGGCUUCUUGGCACAAGAUGAGCUUUUGCCAAAAAGGGUUCUGAUGCAAUACCAAAUGACAGCCGACAUGUGGGAGGAGAAGAUCACAGCUUGGUAUGCAGAGCACAGAGGCAUCGCCAGGGAUGAAGCCGAGAUGGAAUACCUGAAGAUUGCUCAGGACCUUGAGAUGUAUGGCGUCAGCUACUUUGCCAUUACCCAAAAUAAGAGGGACACGGACCUGUUGCUCGGAGUGGAUGCUCAGGGUCUUCACAUUUACAGCCCCAACAGCAAACUCAACCCGAACAAGUCCUUUCCUUGGAGCGACAUCCGCAAUAUCUCUUACAGCGAAAAGGAGUUCACAAUCAAACCCCUGGACAAGAAGAAAGAGGUCUUCAAGUUCUACUCCUCUCAGCUGCGUGUCAACAAGCUGAUCCUGCAGUUGUGCAUUGGUAACCACGAUCUGUUCAUGAGGAGAAGGAAGGUGGAUUCAAUUGAAGUGCAGCAGAUGAAGGCUCAAGCUAAAGAGGAGAAGGCCCGCAAGAAGAUGGAGCGUCAAAUCCUGGCACGGGAAAAGCAGAUGAGGGAGGAAGCGGAACGAGCAAAAGAGGAGAUGGAACGGAGACUCUUCCAGCUACAGGACGAGGCCCGGCUGGCCAACGAGGCACUGCUGCGUUCUGAGGAGACUGCAGACUUGCUGGCCGAGAAGGCCCAAAUCGCGGAGGAGGAGGCCAAGCUCCUGGCCCACAAGGCUGCGGACGCUGAGCAGGAGAGGCAGAGGUUAGAGGUCACCGCCAUGAAGACCAAGGAGGAGAAGAGGCUGAUGGAGCAGAAGAUGAGGGAGGCGGAGCAGCUGGCUGUCAAACUGGUGGAGCAGUCCGAGAGGAGGUUGAAGGAGGCAGAUCACCUGAAGCAGGACCUGACGGAGGCAAAGGACGCGGAGCGCAGAGCCAAGCAGAAGCUGCUGGACAUCACCAAAACAACGUACCCUCUCAUAGCAGCUUACUCUGCUCCACCCGCUCCUCCGGAAGCGGCCGACUUCGUCUGUGAGUCAGCAUCUACUCGCCUCGACUUCAAGGACUCGGACAUGAAAAGGCUGUCCAUGGAGAUCGAGCGAGAACGGCUGGAGUAUAUGGAGAAGAGCAAACACCUGCAGGAUCAGCUGAAGGAGCUCAAGACGGAGAUCGAGUCCCUGAAGCUGGAGGAGCAGCAGCAACAGGCCGGCGUGUACAGCCUCCACAGUGAGGCGAGGGGAUACGUUCAGGAGCCCGUCUACAUACCUCACAGCAACCGAAACUCUGCGUACAUGUCUCAGAUGGCUUUCUUUGAAGAAGUGUGAUCCCUGUCCUGCGAGACGAGGAGGGAGGGCAACGGCCGCUGUGAUGCAGUAUUUUUUCAACAUAUUUGAUUUAUUUUUUUGAUUUUGAUUUUUUUAUUUGACUUCGCUGAAACUAACACUUCAUCACUAUGUGCCUCUCAAAGACUAAAUCCUCAACAACAGACAAACAGCCACUAGUUUGUCUGCCUGCACCAGGCCCGCCGCUCGGUUGUACCGCCUGACAAGCCUACAGCACCUUUUAAUGUUUCUUUCAUAUGUAAUGCACACGAGAGUGUGGGCCAUGUAUCGUAAACACCGAUUCAGGAUUUGGUGCUGAAGUUUUUAUUUGAUGUAUUUGUGUGGUUCUUAAGGGACACUUAGCUGUGAGAUGGUCAGAUAUAGAAUCAAGCCUUAAUGACAAGUUUUACAUCGGUGCCUUCACAACGUUAUGAGACAGGGAUUACGUUUUUCGGGUUGUUGUUUUUUUCCCCACCAGAAACUGGGUUUUUGCAAAGUCCCUAAUGUGAUUUAAUUCCGUACAUGAUCCUUGAAGGCUGGGGACAUUUUCAAAAGGUUAUUAAUAUGCUGAGAGUUUGUAAAUAAGCCUUUGGUAGUUUGCCUUUUCCUUUUCUAACCUCUAACAAGACGUUGUUGAAUUUAGCUAUGAAAGCUUAAUAUGAGCUAAAGAUAACUCAUAAUCAGUUACAAUUAAUGUGAAAAAAAAAUAAGAUUCUGAACUUUCUCAUAAAAGUAAUAAUUUCAACAGAAAGUUAAGUCCAGAUUUGUGUGUGUGUGUGUGUGUGUGUGUGUGUGUGUGUGUGUGUGUGUGUGUGUGUGUGUGUGUGUGUGUGUGUGUGUGUGUGUGUGUGUGUGUGUGUGUGUGUGUGUGUGUGUGUGUGUGUGUGUGUGUGUGUGUGUGUGUGUGUGUGUGUGUGUGUUUGUUUUUGAAUUUAAAAAAAAUGUUUCGCUCUUUCUUUCUGUUACAAAGCUCAUGAGCUACCUUUAUUGACAACAGCACACAGGUGCUUUUUGUAGUUUCCAGUGCUUCAUUGUGGUAGUUCGAUGUAAAUGUAGUGAACAAAUCACAAGCUCGAGCUCUGCCAUUUCAAGUCUUUAUAUUUUGUACUAUUUGGGCUGUUGAUGUGCCUUAAACUGUUUAUUUUUUAACAAUUGUGAUUUGAGUUUCUAAGGUUUAAUUGGAUUUCGUCGAUUGUCAGCAUUGGCGUUUCUUUUGUGGUUGAAUUGGAAGCCUGAUGGAUUUACAGAACAGUAGAUUGAUGGCUUUCUUCUUUUAAUUUUUUUUCUCAGGGCUUGUGUGUUGGAGACAAUCACUGCAGGUAGAUUCUUGUUUUUUGUUAGUUUUUUCCCCCUGAGCUUAACCAGUAUGGUAUCCAUUGAUGUUUACCUUUUUUUUUGAACAGGCUAUUUUUCACCAGUGAUUGACGUGAUUAAUGUUUUUGCCAGUAGCGGGUGGAUGCAUGCAAAGAUACAGAGGCGGGUCAAGUGAGUGAACCCUUACUCUACUACACUCCUCAUUACAUUGUUAAAAAGGGAGAGGCUGGACGCCAAAUGUCCAGCCAGAGAUUCUACGUGUUAGUUUAUGUGGAGCGGUCUGUGAAUCUGACUUCAUCAUGACUUAAAAGCGAUAAUUGAUUGGUUCAUUAUUGCCCUUUGUGACUGGGUUAUCAAUAAGUAAAGCUCACUUUGGUUUUGUGUCAGAGUUUCAAGUGAAAAUGUUUUUUUUUCCAUCAACACAUUGUGCUUCAGUUUGCUUCUUCAACCAUAUUUAUUUGUGCUAUGAAUCCUUUAAUAACAUCAUCUUACACAUUUUUUCGAGCUUGAUCGUUGUUGAGAACUUUAUUGUAAAUAUUGUUUGUUUUGAUUUUAUGUACAAUUGGAUUAUCUUGCCAAAUUGAAGUUCAAUGUCAAGGACCGAUUUCCCAUCUGAGAAGAUGAUGAUGUACGUUUGGUAUACAUGUAUAUGCACAAGAGUUUUGUCAAUGACUUGUAACCUCAACUUAUUCUGUGUAUUAUCAUUUCAUUACAUCAGUGUUUCAAACAUCCAGUAUGUUGCCGUCGUUGUCCUGAUGUUUGUGGCGACAUUUGCAGUUUGUCUCAUUGAUAAUUCUAAAACCAUUCUUUCUCCCUGAUGUCAGUGAAAUACAUUUCUCUAAAUAUGUGAUCUUAACAAAAGAAAAUAUAGAAAGUCCUGUCCAGCAAGUUUGGAAAUUUGAACAAAGAUGAAUUGUGCAAAAUUCUAAUUGUGUGUCAGACUCUAAACCACCAAGUUGUGUCCAUUUACAUUUGUCAUGUUGCAGUCGUUACAUUUAUAAGUGAACUAUGACCAAAAUGUUCAAGAUCACUCGGCUGUAUUUUUAAAAGUCCUGCCAUCAUUUAAAAUGAAAAAAACUUCUUAUUGAAAUUCAUUUGCAAAUACUGCAACAUCCAGCAUGAGAAAGUCUAUUUCACUAUUCAAGGGAAAUUAAAAGCAGAACAGUCUGUAAAAAGCCUCAUGUUAAAAUAAAUGUGUUUACAAAAA